UGUCUUCCCCACCCAAAAAAAAGGAAAAAAAGAAAAAGAAGAGGGCUGAUAGCCCUCUUCUCUCUUCACCACAAAUCAAACCCUCGCCGGAUUCAGAUUUCCGGCCGGUUGCCCGCUCGAACCCGCCGGGAAUCUGGAUGACAAGGAAGACAAAGCCCUCCACGGCUGCAGCAGUCCAGAUGCCGCUCAAGGAAGCCGAAGCCGGCAAAGAAACAAACUGCGACGAGGACAAACCAUCGGACCACCCCAAGGAACGUGAUAACAACGUUAAAGACAACGAUGGGACGAAGCCCGCUGCUGAGUGGAAGCUCCCUAGGAAGAAGGCGCUGCUGCAGUUCCGGUGCAAGCUGGAAGACGCGAUCCGUGGGGACUACCUCCUGGGGCGGUCCUACUGGAGCCUCUCGAGGUUGUCGAGGGAGAACAUGAGCAGCGCUUCGUCGCAACCACUCCCGUUGAUGGACAUCAGGCUGUGGGGCGUUCCUCUAUUGCCAAGCAAGGGGCACGAGGGCACGGACUACGUCCUCACGAAAUUCCUGAAGGCACGGAACUACAAGGUCGGCGAGGCUUUCGAGAUGCUCCAGGAGACGCUCUGGUGGCGGAGGCAGCACAGGGUGGACGAGACCACGGGCGAGGCUCCCCUCGGCCCCGACGAGCUGGUCUUACGGACGAUGUACGUGAGGAGCGUCGACAGGGAGGGCCGCCCGCUGUGUUAUCACGUGUAUGGGGCGUUGGAGGACAGGGAGGUGUACAAGAGGGCGCUGGGGACGAAAGAGAGGGUCGAGGAGUUCAAGAGUUGGGCUGUGCAGUUCAUGGAGAGGGUUGCCAGGAGGCUGAGCUUCAAGGACGGAGGGGUCGACUCGGUGGUUCAGAUCACAGACUUGAAGAACAUGCGCUCCCGGAGCGCGAAGGAGGCGCGGGGCGUGCUCCGGAGCACCUUUCUGAUGGUGCAGGAUCACUACCCUGAGCUCGUCCACAGACAUAUAAUACUAAAUGUCCCGCUGUGGUACUACACCUUCCACUUGCUGCUCUUGCGGCUUCUGCAUCAAUCCGACAAGAGCAAGUUCAUCCUCGCGAGACCGGCUAAAGUCACCAAGACACUUCUCAAAUUCAUCGACCCAGAAGACCUGCCCGUGGAAUAUGGGGGUCUCUUGCGAGAGAAUGACGAGGAAUUCUCGAACCUGGACAAGGUCUCGGAGGUCUUCGUCGGAGGGAACACGACCAAGAGCAUUCGAAUCCCGAUUGCUGAGGCCGGCUCGACGGUGGUGUGGGACUUGACGGUGGUGGGGUGGGACGUGUCGUACAAGGAGGAGUUCAUGCCAGAGGACGAGGGCUCGUACAGGGUGACGCUUAACCGGUCGAAGAAGCUGAGGGAGAGCGUGAGGAACUCCUACUACAUCAACGAGCCUGGCGAGCUCGUCAUCACCGUCCGCAACCCCACCUUCAAGAAGAAGAGGGUGCUCUACCGCACCAAGUUCAAGCCCACCGUCCCCAUGUACGUCUUCUUCAAGUCAUAAGUGAAAAGGCCACACUGAGGCAACAUGAAUGCAUGUUAAUUACUCAUCUACUAUCAUUGCUGAUGAUUAUUUAUUAUUGUAUGCCCUGUCCUGUUAUGUCAAAUUUAUUUUUUCUUGUUUUGUUUCUAAUGACAAAGAAGCUGACGAUAGAAUGGUAACAAUUCGGCCUGUGAUGUACCCU